CGGUGCAGCGCGGAACAUGAAGUGAAAUGAAAAGUAGUAGCUAACAGUUAGCAAUUUUAAUGUUUCAGUUAAAAUGCGAAUUAUAAUUGUUUUAUUUAAUAGAUGCUGUACAACCAGCUAGCCUAAAAGCCAACAAUGAUUAACAAUGUUUGUCUGUCUGUACUGGUUUAAUACAAAGCCGUACUGAGUAACGGGUUCACGGUAACAGUUACUGUUAGCUAACGUUAACACCAAGCCGAUCUCGUGCUAUGGUAUAUUUAAUAUCAUGUCAUAGCAACAAAAUUGAGAAAAGAUUGCUUUAUACCUAAUAGCAGAAUUUAGAGACACUUUCUGCUUUAAGUGUGCGUAAAAGAUCAUCUAAACACGCUUUUUUGGUCAGGAAUAUUUAAACUAUGGAUAAGUCCACAGCAGGUGCAGAUGUCAUAUCAGAUUCAGAUAAAUGCUACAUCUGCCUAAGCCUCUUUGAAAAGCAAGCAGUGGCCUCUCUAGAGAGCUGCCAGCAUGUCUUCUGCCUGGACUGUAUUCUCCAGUGGUCUCAGACAGCCAACACUUGCCCGGUGGAUCGGAUCUCUUUUGCUUUCAUCCACCAGAGACGGUGCCCAGGAGGGGCCAUUCAAAAGAAGAUCAAAGUGAGGGCACAGGAAAAAAAUGCUGAUGAACAGGAGGGGAGCAAAACUGUUAUCUGCGAGGAAUGUGGACGCAGCGACCGCAGGCACCGGCUGCUGGUGUGCAUACACUGCGAUUCAGGGUAUCACUUGGACUGUUUGACACCAUCAUUAAACACGGGUCCUGAAGGUGACUGGAUGUGUCCUGAAUGUGCGGUCAGUCCUCAGCAUACAGACAUCUCCAUGGUGGAGGAGGAGAUCAGUGAUGAAGAGCUAAUGGACCUCCUAGCUGAAGUAGAUGAAACUGCAUCUACCAGCAGUCGCCUUCGGCCCUCAACCAUAAAUAAUCCCAGCAGCUCCACGGAACGACGACACAGCCAGAGGAUCCAGAGCAAAGCCAGAGGCGAAUCCAACUCUCGCCCCCAAACCUACUGGCAUGUACCAAAAUACCUGCUAUCAGCAUCAAAGCCUGCAGUUGCAACAGAUAAAGGAGCUGCACCUCAUCAUGACACCAGCAGUGCAUCAGUCAAGUUAAAGACAAGAAAAAGAAGGAAGCGUGCAACUUGAGUUUCUGAUACCAAGAGGAGUAAACGUUGGAAGAGGUCUGAAUGUCACAGCAGAUAAAGGUGCUCUUGUCAGAUAUGACCACAUGGUGGCAGCAUUGUGUUAACAGAACAGUUAAGUGUUCAGUUUCAGCCAUAAACAUUAUGUGAAGGAACUGACUAGCAGGUGCUUUUUUGUUUCUUUUUUAAAGUGAUGUUUUUAAUUUUGGCAUUAUUCUUUAGUUUUCUUAUCGUCAAUAAGUCCCAAUAAAAGAAAAAAACAACAAUGCGUCUCUCAAUACUCUAUGACCUCUCUACCCUGUCUGGAACAUUUAAUUACUGAAGACAUACAUCUUUAAAAGGUCACAAAUUUAAAGUUUCAUUACAAAAACUGCCCUGUAACCUUUAGUAAACAUUACUCAAACAAGAGUAAAUACUGCAUUUUUCGAAUUGUUGUCAGUGUCGGAUUAAUAUACAUGGUAUACACAAUGUGCGAUUGAGACUGAACUACAGUGGGUGUGUGAGUUCAUGUAAAUGACACAGCCACUCAGUGUUUUUUUUAAGGCAUUAUUGUUUCAGUAAUUCACUGCGAAUCUGCCAAAUAGACAUUCACGUAUAAAGUGAAUUUACAUCAUUUUUGACAAAUUAGAAGUGGAAUAUAAGUUUUUACGUGAACUCAUCUUUUCCAAGACUAAGUCUAAAGCCAUGUUUGACUCGGUGAGGCUGUGCUUAGGUACAGUGGUGCUUUAAACUAAAUGCUAACAGACUUUCUCACAAUGCCAAUGCUACUCAGGUUUAGCUGUUAUGUUUACCAGGUUCACCAUCAUUUUGGCAUGAUAAAAUAUUAAUAAGCACAAAGUAAAGAUGAUGUUAAUAAUAAGCAUUAGGUUUUCAUCAUGGUGUUGGCACUAGAUGAGAAAUCAGGACCACUAAAGUUAUUACACCUCAGCUUGAGAGGAACAUGAAUCUAUCCAUCGAAAUGUUUAUCAAACCGUAGUUGAAAUUUUUGACACACAACCACAAAUAUUAACCUCAUGGAGCAAUAGAGGACCUGUUGGGGGCACUCGAAUAAAAGCCAGGGAAUCACCACAGUCAGUAGGAUUAAUCCUCUGGGGACUAUGAAUGUCUAUACAACAUGUCAUGGCAAUCCAGCAGAUAUUUCAGUCUGGGCCAAAAUGGUGAACUAGACCAAUGUUGCGUUCACUAGAGCCGCUAACACGGAUAAAAUAUGAACAGAAAGUGAAUGAUUAAGUAUGUUUUGUCUUAAUCUACAGUACCAUGUAAAAUCAGUGUUCAUGUCUGCAAUAGGGAGCAGCUCCUCUGCUUGUCUGCAGGAUCCUCUCAGCAGCGCCGAGCCUCGUCACCUGGCAACACCAGCCUCAGUGAUUUCUUAGGGUCUCGUCCUGAAAGGAGGCUGCCUCAAUCAGACACACUCAGAUCUGCUGUUUCUGGUCAUAUGAUAUUAAAUCCAUCCUUUGAUGUCCAAAAGCAUCAUGUGUUGAAACAGACAUCUGAACUAGUUUGUGAGAAAUGCAAGAAAAAGGACAUUGAGAACAAAAUAAAGUGCUGAAUCAUGACCUUGCGUCUGCUCAUCUGGCAUUACAGUUAAGGUAUUAUAGCUCAUAUGUAUCCAUGUUGUGUGUGCGUUGUGAUUCAGAGGGCGGGCACUAAACAAGCCUGCAGCUCAACUUGCCCUACUUUCCCCCCAAAACAAUGUACACAGAAAAACAAAUGUUCACCUUGAUUGGCCAGACAUGUAUGCUGAGCAGAAUUGUUGAAAUGAACAAAAUGCCCAAGCUGAGACACUGGAGGGUGUUUAAAACCAAGUGCACACAAGAAAGCACUCAGCUUCUUGUUUGUUGGCUUACCCUUACUUAGGCAAUCUGCUUAGGAUCACUGGAGAGCAGUUACUUGCAUUGUUGAUAAUCCAUACUGUCUACACCUUCUUCCUUUAUUAGCAGUUUCACCAUUUUAAAUAUCUAAUUGAAUGGACCUUCUGGCUAAUCUGACCUUGUUUUUUUGGCUGAACUGUGGCUACUAGUGCUAAUAUAGGACUGCAAGCAAAAAAAAUUGAAUCAUAAACCUUUGUAUUAAAUUUAGAAGUAUGACAUUUGUAAUUUUUAGCUCUAAGGAUGGCAAUGUCGGUGUGUGUCUACCACAUUGGUAAAGAGGAAUAUCUCCACAACUAUUGGUUAGAUUGCCAUGCAAUUUUGUACACACAUACAUAGUCCCCUGAGGAUGAAUCCUAAUGACUCAAGCACAUUUAUUCACAUUGAGAUUUGAGGUUUUCAGUGAAAUAUCUCAACUUAUUUACUUAUAAACAUUCAUGGUCCACUCAGGGUGAAUUGCAGUGACUUUGGUGAUCCCAUGACUAUUCAUCAAGGACCAUCAAUCUGCUCAAAAUCUUUAUUUGUCCAACACUUUGCCACUGUACUUUAAUAAAUACCUCAAACUAAUGACAUUUCAAUUAGCCUCAGCUACACUAUGUUUUUAAUGCUGCAAACAUUAGCAUGUUAACAUGCUACUAAGACGGUGAACAUGGUACAUAUUAUACCUGCUAAACAUUACCUAUACAUUAGCAUUUUCAUUGUAUGAACAAAGCAUGUAUGUCAAAGUGCUGCCUUAUGAUGCUAGGGUUGUCUUAUUUUUACUUUUCUGAACUGCAAGAUGAUUCUUAAAGGCCUUUUGUUGUUAUUGCUAAAUAGGCUGGAUCGGGAUGAACAGGUUACAUUUUUCUGUUAGUGAUUGUUAUGGCCCUUAGGCCGUGUGUGUCUGCCCAGGGGUACUGCUGCUCGUCUGUCCUCUGCAGGUCCUGCCCUUCCCCCCCUCUGAUGUUGCAGCCAGGAGGCUAGGGUGCACACCUGUCCCCAGUUUACAAUCAGCGGGAGCGCAGGAGCCGGUAUAAGGAGCAGAGAGCAGGUAGACUGGAUGUGGAGAGUGUGGGGUGCAGACGGCAUGGAGAGCUGGGUGACACUGCAGUGUAGCGUGUAACAAGUCUGAACCUCGUGGUGGGGUUCACUCCCUCAGUGGAGGGAGGGUGGUAUUCAUUAUUGUAUUAUAUUAUUUUCUCCUUUGUGGCAUUUGUUUUCCUGUAAGCUACCCUUCUAGUUUGCAGUUUGCUGACGUGUUGUCCCAACAGUAUCCGGACUGGGCGCUUCCUCGUUUUUGGGAAGUUGUUUUUUGUAGACCCUCCCUGAGGGUACCUUUGCACUUUUCUUUAUUGUAAAUAAAACGCCACAUGUACUGUAAAA